AUGAAGAAUGAGUCUGCUGCAAACGGCGUUGUUCGCAGGGAUGAAAACUGCAGAUAUGAUAAGAAUAGUCUUAAUGACUCUCCAGCAGAUGUUGUAAAGUUUUUUGAUGCAAUGAGGGGUGAACGAACACGGACCCGACAGGGACGAGCUUGGUCGACUACGAAAAUGCUCAUUGCAGUUCGAGCAAUAAACAGCAGUUAG